CUUUUGUUCUCACUCAGCAAACCUUCUAUUAAUCAAUUAUCAUUGUUCUUUUGUUUUUAUUCAGCCAUUACUUGUUUAUUCUGGAAUAAGGACAUGCAGGAAUUUAUCAACAUUUUUGAGUGACGUCUCACACAAAGAUCUCUAUUCUAACCAGAAAAAAAAGACCAAAUAAAACAGGACUGAUGAUGUACCAGUUACCUUCAUAUAAUCCCAGUGAAAGGAUCUCAGUUGAAGCUAUAUUUAGAGAGUCCCUGUCAUGCCUCGACAUUGUUUGGUCCGAUAUGUUCGAGACUGAAUACAUUAACCCUGAUCGAGCUAGACAGCAUCAGGCUGAGUUUCUUAAAGGAGCCCCACAAAAAUGGCUGAAUUUUUACCCAGAGAACUUAUCGUUGGUUGAAAGGGAUGGCUUCAAUGAUUUAAUAGAGUUAAUUGAGAAAAGAAAAGGAAAACGCUGUCUCAUCACUGAUGUUUCUUUACGAUACCAGUCUGGCAGUGGAGGCUCAACUCUCUCCAUGCAGGUGCUUUGGCAUUUCCGGAAAGAUCUCAGAUGUGCCAAAAUGAUUGAUUCAGAUCUAGACACCAAAGAGCUGUCCAAACAAGUGCUGGACCUUUUUCUGCUGUCCAAUGAAAAACAUGCAAAACCAAAUACGAAAACUGUGCUGCUGUUAAUUGACACCAAAGAAAAGAUAAAUGAUCUGCCUGUCAAGAAUGUUCUCUGGGAAGACCUGAUUGAAGAAAUCCAUGAGAGGGACAUCAAAACAAAAACUCCAGCUGUGAUCAUUUUAAAUUGCAUCCCUACAGACUUCACUAUUAAAGACACAAUGAUUCUUCCUCCAAAACUCUCAGAAGAAGCAACAAAACAAUUCAAGGAAAAGCUUCUGCAACAGAUCGGACUACAGAGAAAAAGCCGAAGGAAAAAAAUAUGUGUGGGGCAAAAAGAUCCUGUGCUUCUUCUAUUGAAUCAUGAAGAGGAUAAGCCCCUACGAUACUUCAUAAAGAGUCUGCUGUCAAAGCUUGAACACACUGAUCAAACUGACCAUCCUGCAUUCAUCAUCAUCAAUGCUGUUAGCAAGAGCACUGUUCGAGCGCCAGGCGACGUGAAGCUGAAAAUGGAGCUCUUACCAGAGGAGAAGGAGAGGUUUGCUCAGAAAAUGCAGGAGAUUAAAAAGAAAUACAAGAAAAUGUCACAAAAGUUUCAUGCCUUUAACAUAAUGCAGGGAGGUUUCCAGAAAGAAGAUGCAGAGAAACUGAUCACAGAAGAAAUGGUGAAUCAUAUUGAAAAGGACACAAAGUCCAGCAGCACAAGACUCCUCAGUUUUUUGGCUUUGAUAAACUCAUAUGUUCCAGGUUUACACUUGUUGAAGCUUUUCUGUGAGGAUUUUAUUAAAGAAGAAGAAUGGUCCACUGAUGAAGGAAAACCUUCUCUGGAAAUAAUAAUGAAGCCUUUCAAGGAUCUCAGGUUAAUUUUCUCAGAAGGAGAACAGAAAGCCAACUGCAUUCGUCUGGCACAUCCACUGAUUGCUGAUGCAUGUCUAAAAAUGCUCACUGAGCACAAACUGACAAGAUAUGAUAUCGCUCACGACUUCUUGAACAGCAUGGUGAAAGGAAAAGAGAGUAAUUAUGAGAAAAUUUGCAAGAGCAUGUUAGUGACAAGGCCUAAGGGUCUGAUAGAAAAGGAAAAGUUUUCCAGACUGAUUCUUGACAUCAAUAGGGAAAAUAAACCUAACCAAUGCAUUUAUUUGUUGAGGAUUGCUUCAAAAUUGUUCGCAACAGACACUUUCUAUCCUCAAGCACUGGCACGUUUGUAUUACAUUAAGAUACAAGGGGAAAGCAAAUAUCUGAAGAGAAAAGCAGCUAAAGAUGAGUUAGCAAACCCUAACACCACAUUCAACAACAGGGCCCUCUUUGGUUUUCUGCAGGUCUGCAAAGACAUUUUUAAACAAAAUGACCUUGAUUUCAUCAGUGGUCUCAGAGAAGAUGUUGAGCAGAAAUAUGAUUUCUUUGAAUGGUAUCUGGCAUACUCCAAACUGAGCUUCAAAGAGGAGGAACCAGACUACUUCCGUAGAGAUGUUGAAGACUGUUAUAAGCGAUAUUUUACACAGGAGACUCAGACUGAAGAAAAGACCCUGAAUGAGAAAAAAAAUAAGUCUUUUGGAGGACUGCUUCAUUUCUUAAAAUCAGACAUCAAUGCGUGUAAACAAAAUUUGAGUGGAAUUGAAAAACCCCGGUCAGAAAAUGAAACACAAAUCGUUCUCUACAUUCUUGCCAACAUCAUCUUGAGUUUGUCAGGUGAAUCAUAUGAAACAACAGAAAAACUUCAGGCCAGGUUACAGAAACUUUGUGCAACAGAAGCUCAAGGCAGAAGCCCAGAGUUUUACCUCUUGGUCCUUUUGCUCUUUUGGACUAAAGAAGCACAGAAAGCAAAGGCAAACCCUCCAAACCUAGAAAACUGUGUCCAAUAUUUGAUUGAGUCAUAUAAGAGCAAGUAUGGGAAAUACCUCUGCGGUCGCUGCCUGGUGCCUCUGUUCUUCUUUGGGAAAGAAGGAGGUCUGCAGAGACUGGUUCAUGCCUUAAAACCCCAUAACAAAGGUUUGAGACUGGUUCAUUCAAAACUGCUUCAAACUGAUCUGGAGCUCCUCACUGAAGGAGAUGAAAGUGUGGAAGUCGAAUGUCUUCAGCGUAUCAAAGGGAAGGUCAAGAAUCACAGAGUGUUUGCUGUUAGAGAUGGGCAACAGAUUCCAGUCACUCCUCACAAUCCAUCCAGUGUGUGCAAACCAGACCAGGUGUCUUUCUACCUGGGCUUCACCAUCAGAGGACCAGUUGCCUACAACAUCAGAUAUAAUAAGAACUCGUACAGCGUUUAG